UGGGGAGGGAGAAAGGGAGGCAGGGAGCUGGGGCAGCCUUUAUCACAGCCCUGCAGCCCUUCGCCCUGCAAAGCAGAGGCAGAGUGGAGCUGAGCACUGUGCACGCUGUGCGUCCGUUGCUGAGCCCGGAGGCGUUGAGGACACAUCAUGGGCAACUGCAUCCCGGGGAGCCCUGAAAUCGUAGCAAACAGAACCUCCUUGGACUUUAUGGACCUCUUCAACUCCACCUACAACGAGGACUACAUGUACAUCAACACAGACAGCAACGACGAGGACUUUGCGGCCGCAGAGCCGUGCCACAACCACUACUGCCCCUUCUUCCACCGCGCCGCACCUCCAUACCUGAUUGCCACCAGCGCCACCUCCUUCGUGGCCACGGCUGCUCUGCUGCUGGCUCUGUUCCUGCGUCCCCACUCCUGGCCCCACGGCCGCACGUUUGUGGCCCAACUGGCUGCGUGCUCACCUAUAGGUGGCACUUACCCCCCCUGA